CCUAAAUUACCGGCCCAUCGAACUUGGCAUCGAAUGAUGACACUGUAACCCAAGGAACUUUAAAGCUACAGUAUCUCCAUACAAUAGGAAACUUUAAGCAAUUUCGACAUGACCUAUCAACCUUGACCUUCUUUUCUUUUUCACCUUUGCAAUUUUGUGUUGAUACCCUCCUCCCAACACACACCAACACAUCGCGGUCACAAUGGAGGUCCUAAGGCAAAUCCUCGAGUACAUCCUAACGCCCUCGGCCGAAAUAUUCAUCGUCGGGGCUAUAAUCGUACUUAUUCUCCCCACGCUCGUACACCUAUACAUCGUGCGCACCACGCCCUACACAACCCUCCCCUCGAUCCUACUCCUCGGUCCCUCAGGUGGUGGUAAAACAGCCCUCCUCACUCUCCUUGAGCGCGGCGACAAUGCCGCCGCAACGCAUACCUCGCAAGACCCACAAUCCAUCGAAUUAACCGUCUCCGAUGACCAUGGCGCCUCGACAUUCCGCGAAGCCGCACGCGACGAUGCACCAGGUUCGCAUCGCAAGUUCCUCCUCGUCGAUACUCCGGGCCACGGAAAGCUGCGCACGCAACAUGCCAAUACGGGAUUAGCUGCUAGCACGCUGCGGGGUGUUGUAUACGUAGUCGACGCCUCGGCCCUCGAUGAUAGCCUACCCGAUGCCGCAGGUUACCUAUAUGAUAUCCUACUCGCAUUACAAAAGCGCACCGGCGCCGGUAAGACGUCUAAGACACCGAAUGCUAUCCAUGUUCUCGUCGCGGCGAACAAAUUAGACCUAUUCACCGCUCUCCCCGCCUCCCUCGUCAAGAGCAACCUCGAGGCCGAACUCGGCCGGAUACGGCAGUCCCGUAGCAAGGGAUUACUAGAUUCUGGCGUUGGCGUUGAUGAGAUCGGAUCCGAGGAGCAAGAUGACUGGCUAGGCGCGUAUGGCUCGGAGAAGUUUCUAUUUGACCAAAUGAGGGAAUUCGAUAUUGAAGUUGAGGUUAUUGGGGGAAGCGUACUCGAGGGCAAGGUGGAUAAGUGGUGGGAUUGGAUAUCAGGCCGGAUUUAAAUAUGAUAACAUUUGGCUCGCGGUAGCUAUUUAACUACAUCCGACUUCACAACCGACCUACCUACCUUACCUUCGUACGCAGACCCUGCACGGCUACAUACAACGCCCUGUAUUAGAAUGUGCAGGAUUUCCACGAAGUUGCCAGAGCACAGUCCAGGGCCCUCGUUACACAUCAUUGGAAUACGAUCCGAUCAGAAGAUGUAGGAGAUACACAUAUGCCCGACGCGGCAUCUAUAAAAACACCUCAUAGCACCUAAUUCGAAAUACGUUGGCUCGCCAUCGUACCAAGACACAUAAUCCCUAUCGACGCGACCCAAGAAACAUUAGUACCUAGGCAGAUAUGCCAUUAUCAUA